AUGGCUGAAGAAAUUCAGAAAGCAAUCCAAGUUUUGGAAAAUGAGUACAAAACGAGGAAGGAAGCUUUUGACAAAUGGAGAGAGGAGCAUGCGGCUCUAUCAGACCACAAAGAAUUUGGCAUUUAUGUUGAUCAAUUCCGUAAUUGGGAGCGUACAGUUUUAGAAAAUAUGAAUAAUUUAAAAACAGCCCUAAAUAAAAGUAAAUCUAUUGCAAAACCAUCAGAAUUGCCAACUGUUGAUUUGGACACCCAAUUAGAAAACGUUUUAAAAGACGUUUCCUUGCCUCAAUUUGUGCUUGCUUUUAUGACAAUGGCUCAAAAAGACCCUUCGUUUUUGAAAAAAGCCUUUGAGGUUUUUUAUCAUUAUAAAUCGUUUUAUUUUUGUUUUUAG